AUGUUCCCCUUCAGAAACAACGGGCCUGAUGUCAUUGAACAAGGCGAGGUACUCCCGAACCGCCGCUCGGCGACUCGAGAGCCGAGGCUCCUACCGCAACUCGUCCAGACGGAUCACUUUCCCAGACCAGCACGCUACGUCAACCCGGUUGACCCGACUCCGCUGGAUCUGCAGCAGCACUUUACUGGCUUGUCGUAUCCGGACCCGUUGGCCGGCGGUUUCGGGACCCUCGUAGGACAGGACCUCGGUGCCGGAAUCUCCACAUAUGCGGACCCGUUCCCGGGUACCAUCCCAACGGAACAAGUCCACAGCGACGACCCAAACCAACAAAACGAGCUAGGCCAGCUCAUGAUACCCAGAAAGAGGCAGCGCAACGACACGGCAGGUCGGCAGAGCAAGCGAGCCAAGACGGUGACACUGGCAGCAGCUCUGGGCAAUCUCCCCGAAGGGCCUUGCGACUUUUGCCUCAACCACAGACAAGGCCAGGCCAUGUACGCCCAGGAUGGGCGGUGCACCAUUGAAAUAGUCCAGGGCAGCGGCAGGGACGUGUACCACCUCGAGUGCCAGCACUGCGCCGACUUCCGGUUCAUGAACCCGAAGCGUAACAAGUCGCAUGUGUGCGUCGUCGACGACGACGAGUACGAAUACACGCGGUACGGCCUCGGGGCUCCGGAAGAGUACCCAGACCACUCGGAAUGCACGCGAUGCGUCAAGUUUGGGUUUGAAAAGACCUGCGACGCCGACACCAUCCUCGGAUACAAGUGCUCCAACUGUAGAUACGACUACGCCUGCAACGCCGCCGGCUGGGUGCUGCCCCUGAAGCGGCCCAACAAGCUUCCCCCCGUGCAGCCGUGGUACCGGCACGCGUGCGACCGAUGCCGCUCUCACGCCAUCGAGGACGGCAGGCUCAAGGAUUUCGAGAUGUGCUCGUGGUUGGAAAACCGCUCCGAGUGGGAGGACGACAAGGCGUGCUCCAGGUGCAUACGCGAGGGCAUGUCAUGUAUCGACUCGACCAACCUUGUCCAGGACCACCCAGAUGUCAAGCCUCCCCAAGACUGGUCCAUCGACGAGAGUUACAACAUCAUCUGGGACGUGGCCGACCUCACCAGGACUACGACCUGGCGAAAACCCUGCGACGCCUGCAUCCUCAGCAACGUCAAGUGUCAAGUCCAUCUUGCUCGCGCUAGUCACGCCUGCGAGCGCUGUAGCCAGAUCGGUGUCGGUUGCGUCAGCGACUAUGGCACAGAACGCACUUACUGGCAACGCACUUACUGGCCUCUGUACAGCCUCAGUCUAGUUGGCUUUGGUCCGCACAUGCCCUUUGCGGCCUGCAAGAACUGUCGUGUCAACGACCGCGCUUGCGAUCGUCAACGUCCCUGUGACUCGUGCGUCCUCAACGGUGAAAAGACCGAGUGUGAUGAACAUCAGCGGCUCAAGAAGCAAAACACUCUUCCCAGGCCCGAGGUCGGUAACCUCGGUCCUCUGUACUACCUCGCCAUGGGGUUCGGAGCUGACGGCGUCACCUCCGUGAAAAAAGGGGCCGGGCCUGAGGACUGGAUCGGUCCCUCGACUCCGAGAUACGCUGUAGGCAACUUUGAAAACGACGGCCUCGAGCGCUACAAGACGAUCCUCGACGCCCACAGGAACUUCCGACCUCCACUUCCGGCAAAGCCACCUCACGGCGCUCAGGGUGGUGAACUCCUCGCCAAGCAGAACAUGGGAAGCAUCAAACAGAGCGAGCUCCAGAAGAUGAUAUACGAGAUGUGGCCCGGCUACCAAAACCCUUGCGAGUUUGAAGGUUACCGCAACCUCAUCUUCCAGUUGGAAAAUGAGCUUCCAAAGAACCCUUCAGUUCAAACUGCAUCUUUCGAUGCGUGGUUCAACUCGGAUUCAUCACGUACGACUUCGGCUGCUCGGGAUCGACGACCUGUGGGUGAACCUGUCCAUCCACCCAAGCAGCCAGCCUGCGAACGGCGAGGUUGGAAGCCACCUACAAUAAGGCCACCCAAAAAUAAACAAUACACGUACAGUAAUGAACAAUCCACGUAUGGUUCUCAGCCGGAUGUUGUCGCCGACUUGGCUCAACGUCGGUCUGAACGUCAAAUGUCUGAACGUCAACUUCGGGCUGAGCGUCGGCAGCGCCGCUACGGUGAGGACACGUUCGGACGGUCCAUGAAGCCAACCGUAGGCAUUUCGAGCCCCCCGGAAGCGCCUGCAAAUGCUCGUCUGGUCAUGGCCCGCCGCAAGACCAUACCCUCAGGCCGCGCGCCCCAAGAUGCCACAGCCGUCGAAGAGGCUCCCUUCAACCCAUUUCUAGGCUUCACCAUGAAGGGGAAAACAAAGGUGCGGUACAAGACCAAGUCCAGCAACUCGCGCUGGAAGGUCUUUAACCCUCUCGAGCACCUCAACAUGUCCCACUGGCAUGUCGCCCGUCAUCAUCAAGACAGCAGAAAGACUCAUCCUCGAGUCUUCAACAUGGCAGAAGGUCAAAAACUCCCUGUGCCCUUGCGUGACGUCCUCCGCGAUGUUCCUCGCGAGGAAGCCGAACAGCGGAUCAUAGAGAGGUGCGUCGAGCCCAACGAUGGUGGUUUUGGCUACUGCAGCAGAGAAAACUCAUUUCGAAUAAAUUGCCAGAGUCGUGCCCACACCAACACGUCGCCGUACAAGUUCCCCGUCUGUAACCAAUGCCAUGUCGCCAGCAUAAACGAUUUGUUUCGCGAAGGAAACAGGCCCAUCACAAGGAAGGAUCUGAUCGGCAUGCGCGCCUAUCUAUGCCAUGACUGCGCCGGACACAUCAGCAGCAGAGCCCUGAACGUGCUAGACUUCCACAAUGCUGGGGCUCGUACUGUUCACGGUACAUAUGCCAAAUACGACGCGCCCAAGGGCAUAUAUAACAUGGACGACGAUCCAGAAAAUGCGGUCGAGUUCAGGAGAAACCCAAAGCCCGGUACUGGCUGUUUCUGCGCGGACAAGGUCCUUGGAGGUUGGCUCUGCCGCUACCACCGACUGUACUACGCCGAGGAGAUGCUCAAGCAAUCCAAGCUGGUACAUGAGUGGCGGCUCUCAUACUUCAAGAAGCCCGUCUGCCCCGGGUGCCUUGCCUACAAGCCACUCGACGAAGUCAACGUGUCGGCCGACCACCACAACUUUGAGGAGGGUGGCCCAACGGCGUGGGCGUGUCUGUCAUGUAGCGAAUGGGUUGUGAACCAGGAGAAUGACGAGCAAAACAGGCCCGAUGUUGUGAAAGGGGCCUUGAGGACUGCCGAGCGGAUAACUGAUCUCCUCGCCAGGGUCACCGAGCCUCCUGAUGAUGUGGAUAUGAAUAGCGGACGGUUUGUGAGCCAGGAUAGUCAAGGGUACAGCAGGACCAUGAACCCUGGUUUUCUUUCGACGAUUAUGGAGUUUGAUGGUGACGUAGAGAUGGAGGAUGUCUGA